GGGCGGGCAGCCAAUCGCGGCCGCCCGUGCACGGUGGCGCCCGUGCGGUGAGCGAUGUCGGGGCGCGGAGUGUGGCUGCGAGCGCGGGCGCGGCUGCGGCGCUUCCCGGCGGCGCUGGCGGCCUGCGGGGACCAGGCCGCGGCCUACGGACGGUGCGUGGCGGCGGCGGCGGCGGGACCGGCGGAGCUGCGGCGGGACGCGUGCCUGGAGGAGUUCCAGGCGCUGCGGGAGUGCUUCGCCCGGGCGGCAAAGGCGACGCCCAAGUGACCCCGGAGCCGCCCCCGCCUGGAGAUGCUCGUGGAACCCUCAAACCACCGGUUUGUCCUCAAAUGAGGGAACCUCCCCCGGUCCCGGAGCUGCCCAGGCGCUCCCCGGCCCGGAGGAGGCGCAGCGCUGGGCUGGGUGAAGGGCACAGAUCUAUUUUUAUUUAUUAAAAAAGAAGAAAUCACAGA